AUCCUGUCUGUAGUACAACAGGCCAGUCGCAGUUGUAGUGUGGCCGUGGUCGAGUGCAGUCGCGCAGUGUUUUGAAACCGCGUUCAGUCCGAAACGUGCUCUCCUAAUUAUAGAGUGGGGAGGUGGUGGAGUGUGUCGCUCCGCGUAGCAAGUGUCAUCGGCAGAAGGGAAAACAGAGAAGCAUGAGUUGGUGUCUUGUUGCAGUGCCGCCGAGCUUCAGCAUAAUGCCCUUUUGCGGGAUGCACUUUUAGUGUGGAGUUUGAAAACAAUUAUUAGUAGAAAGUGGCCCGCGUGCAGAUUGUGUGGCAGCUGGAUUUGUUCGAAACCAGGUUUGAAAGAUUUGAGGCAGUGAUCAUCGAUGAGUGAAAUAGUGAAGCAUCGAAAGAAUUACAGAACCAACCAACACCAACCAAUCUCCGAGAAGAUAGUUAAUAUUUUUACAAUAUCCAUACGGUUCGAAUAAGAGUGUGUCCGAAGACGUUAAAUCAACUUGUGAAUAGGUUGAAUGUUUAAUGUUGGUGCUACUAGAAUAAUUUAUGUUCCGAGGUUCAUACCGGUUGGUUUAUUGUAUCGCUGAAAAACCGGCGAAGAGGGAACCAGUUUUCAGAUUUGGAACAUCUAGUUGGCAGAGGCAGAAAAAAAAUCUGACAGCAUUGGCGAUGAUGGGCGACGAGUGCAACGUGGAGCAGUUGUUUUGCUGAUCCUACAGUGUAACUGCCGAAUUGGAAUCCGGAUAGAGAUUCAGCCUGCGACGUCACCAGGUCUGAGCUUUUCUUCGACCCGUGCCCAUUUCUCAAUCGGAAACGCUGCUGAAUCAUCCGUUCUGCUGCUGCUGACGGACUGAAUGCCCUGCGGCGGCAUACUCGUAUUGGCAAACACAGUUCGCGUUAAACGCUGAGCCGAGAGAUUGAUAAAUCUGUUCGGUUCCGCACCAGCAGCCAGCAGGGAGGAGCAUCCACAGAACCAAAGUGUUUGGGUUUCGUUUUUUGUGUGCCAUUGCCACCAUCAUCAAUAGCACCAAACAAAAAAAAAACACCAACGUUAAGAACGGUGGACGACGACGUCUAAUUCCGCGCGCAUAAUGCCAUUAAUCAAGUUGAUUAUUAUUAUGAAUGUAAUUAAGUGGAAAAUGUUGGCAAACGAAGAGGAAAUAUUUCAAUAACCUGCGAAGAAGUCAAGAAGUGCUUAUUUUAGUGCGAAAGUGUUGUUGCGUCGAGGGCCGCCAGCGAAGAGAGGACGCCGCCGGUCACCGUGUUUGGUGUGCUUCGUUUCUGCCCUUCGCACACCCAGUGACUGUGAUAUUUAUAGGCGGCACCAGGCAGUUGAGAACGCCGGGCGAGGAAUAUUUGUGUGUGCGGUCAUCCCCGGUGCCAAAGGAAAGAACGCGAUGGCGCUACGUUGGCUCGAGCUGUGUGUUAAAUAUAGAUUAGUGUUAAUAGGUUUUAUUGUUGUAAUUUAUUGUGCGAGCAAAGUGUCAGCCAGUGCCAGAGGGGGUUCUGUGGCGUCCUUGGCGGAGGAUGAAUUCCAAAUGGGCGGCUACUAUCAGAAUCCAUACCAGUCGAGAAGGCGCCAUCAUUAUCGCGAAGGUCACCAACGACGAUCUUCCUACAGGCGAGUACGGGCUCCACACGAUGGUCGAGGUCGGGUCAAGAAGAGCGGUGUGGUAGAGGGCAUUCUCGCUCAGGAUUCACCCAUCAAUGAUAUAAUUCGACAAGCGCGGGAGCGUAAACCGAACAUUAUUCUUAUUUUGACCGACGAUCAGGAUGUUGAGCUGGGGUCACUCAACUUCAUGCCUCGGACGCUACGAUUGCUUCGUGAAGGCGGUGCCGAGUUCCGCCACGCUUAUACCACCACGCCGAUGUGCUGCCCGGCGAGGUCCUCCAUCCUGACGGGAAUGUAUGUACACAACCACAAUGUCUUCACUAACAAUGAUAACUGCUCCAGUACCACCUGGCAAACCACCCACGAGACUCGUUCGUUCGCGACCUACCUCUCGAAUGCCGGCUACCGAACCGGCUACUUUGGCAAGUAUCUGAACAAGUACAACGGAUCGUACAUACCGCCGGGUUGGCGGGAGUGGGGAGGUCUCAUAAUGAACUCCAAGUACUACAACUACAGCAUCAACAUGAACGGGCAGAAAAUCAAGCACGGAUUCGACUACGGGAAGGAUUACUAUCCGGAUUUGAUAGCGAACGAUUCUAUUGCCUUUCUGCGACAGAGUAAACAUCAGAACCACCGGAAGCCGGUGUUGUUGACGAUGAGUUUCCCGGCGCCGCACGGACCGGAGGACUCGGCGCCGCAGUACAGCCAUUUGUUCUUCAAUGUGACUACCCACCACACACCCGCCUACGAUCACGCUCCGAAUCCAGACAAGCAGUGGAUCCUACGGGUGACACAACCGAUGGCACCGAUUCAUCGCAAGUUUACUGAUCUGCUGAUGACGAAGCGACUUCAAACGUUGCAAUCGGUCGACGUGGCCGUGGAACGGGUCUACCAGGAGCUGAAGAAUCUGGGCGAACUGGACAACACGUACAUCAUCUACACUUCGGACCACGGCUACCACCUGGGUCAGUUUGGCCUAAUCAAGGGCAAAAGUUUCCCGUUCGAGUUUGACGUUCGUGUUCCUUUUCUGAUGCGAGGUCCCGGCAUCGAACCGGCCAGUGUGGUGGACGAAAUUGUACUGAACGUUGACUUGGCGCCGACCUUCCUCGAUAUUGGAGGAGUGGCUCCUCCACCGCACAUGGACGGUCGCAGUUUUCUUCCGUUGAUUCUUAACCGUCACCGGAAUGCGGUUGAUAAAUGGCCCGAUACAUUCCUCAUUGAGAGUUCCGGUCGGCGGGAAACUCCGGAACAGAUACAGGAGCAGAGGAUUAGAGCUGCGGCUGCGAGGUACGGUGCUCGGAUGAAUGGAGUCAACGGGACGGUGGCGCUAUUGGAGCGGGAGAAAAUUGCACGGUUAGAAGCUGUAACGGAGGCGGAAAAAAGGGAGGAAGUUACGCUGGAUUUCGGUUCACAUGAGCACGAUGAUGAAGAUGAGGAACACGAUGCGGAUCAAGAGGAUGAUGAUCACCACGGCGAAGAUUCGGACACGGAGCAUGCAGAGGCACGCCAGGAUCACGAGGACUAUGUCAUCGACCAUCAGGAGGCGCAACACUUUGGAGUUAGUGAAGCCCACCACGAUCCGCUGGACAACAGCCUGCCCAUGACACCGUACCGAUCGAAAAUGGAGCGGCUCAAUAACGAAUGCUCCAACCCGUCCGUUCAGCAAAAUUGUGUUCCGGGCCAGAAGUGGCGCUGCGUAAGCGAAGAUGGCCGCUGGCGGCGGCACAAGUGCAAGUUUCAUCUCCAGCUGCAGAACCAUCUGGCCGAGAUCAACAAACUGUCUAGUCAGAACAAGCGUAAUUGCGCUUGCUUCACCCCAGAUGGACUGAUCUAUACCAAGAUCAAGUCGAAGCGGGACUACAAGCAUCACAUGUUGGGGCGAGGCGAAGGACAUCGUCAUCGCCGACAGAAGCGAGAUGUUUACUCACACGAGGAGCUAUUUUUCGAGGCUAACCCGGAGAUGAUGGACUUGUUGGCGAUUGCCAAAACGGUAAUGGACUUGGAGGGAGAACGACAGUCUAGUCACAGUAACGGUAGAAGUAAGAGAGAAGCUAUUGGAAGCAGUCAGAUUGAAAGUGUUAUUCAAGAGCUGCAAAGUACGUUGAAGGAUAUCGAACGAAACUUCGAGCUAAAUUCGAUAUUGAAAAAGCACAAUCAAUCGAUAGAAACGGAAGAGGGGGCAGGAACAGGAACCAAGUGUUUCGUAACAACUGUCGGAAAGGUGAACUGUUCGAAUAUAAUUUACGAAGACGAAACCAGCUGGAAGCGCAGCAGGAUCCAGGUGGAUAUGCUGAUAAAAGUGCUAAAGAGUAAGAUAAAUGAUUUGAAGGACAUUCGAAAACAUUUGAAGGAACAUAAGCCGCCCAGUUUUCGUGAUGAUGGAGAUAAUGACGAUGGCGAAGAAGAGAUUCACAGCGGAUCUGUCGAGCUCGACUUUGAUUUAAAGGCUACUACUACCAGCGCGACGUCGACUACUUCUCUUCCCACAACGCUAGUACCAUUAGUUGAAAAUGUAAUCCCUAGAAAAGAACAUUUCAAUCGAACGGGUUUCGGAAAGCGCCCGAAACCAAACGGUGGCUUCCGGCGACGUCAGAAACCGGCACGAACUGAUGACAAUCAAGGUCCACUGAUUGAUAUGAGUCUUUUCGAAAACAAUAAUAACAGUAAUCGCGAAGAUAUGCUAAUUGAGUCUACAUCAUCAAACAGUAGAUCUAGUCACGGUAGACAUAGAAGUAAUGGACCAUCGUCUAGUAUUAACGGCAGACAUCGCAACCGCCACCGUUCCGAAUCACAUCCUACUAGUAGCACUACGAGCACAAGCACGACCGAGGAAAGUUUCGCAGCAACCGACAAAAUAGGCGACAGCAACUCCAGUACCACUGAGAAAUCCAUUCUGGAGAUAACUGAAGAAAUUCUCAAAUCUAUUGCUAGCACUACCACGAUGGGCUAUGAAGAGAGUUCCAGCCAAAUCAGUUCAACGUCGAAAGCCGUCGAGACUGAAAGGGAUCUAACGAGCAGCACAACCACGACUCAUUUGUCGACCUCAACCGAGUCUCUGACGUCGGAGGAAGUGCCCCUUCCAGUAGACCCAACUCUACCCGACACGGAACCUUCAACCAUUGAAGAAGACAUCGUUUUCCACGUAGAAAGUACUUCAAAGAUGACAACGGUAGCAAACGAAAUUUUCGGUGUCGACGCCAUCACCCACAAUCAAAUCCCAGUGAUCAAAAACGACGCUAUGCUGCCAGCCGCCGAGUGCUACUGCGAACCGGAGGUUCAAGGACCGCUGCCGGACGAGAGAGAGUUAGCGCGGGAAACGCGUCGUCGGCUGAAGGAGGAACGUCAGCGGAAAAAGGAACGAAAACGUCACCGGAAGGCUAAACUGGAGAAGGAAUGUCUUUCGGAGCGAAUGAAUUGUUUCAGCCAUGACGCGAACCACUGGCGGACGGCACCGCUGUGGGACGAUAAACCGUUUUGCUUCUGCAUGAACGCGAACAACAAUACCUACUCUUGCCUGCGGACUAUCAAUCAGACGCACAACUUCCUGUACUGCGAGUUUACGACCGGGCUGGUUACGUACUACAAUUUGCGGAUUGACCCAUUCGAAACACAGAACCGGGAAUCAUCGCUUACUGUGGAGGAGAAAGCGGUUUUGCACGAAACUUUGGAAUACAUGAAGAGUUGUCGUGGAAAGAGCUGCACACUGCCGAAAUAUCAGCAUAACGGUUUGGCCAGUCAAACGGAUGGUAAUCCGAUUCUGCCAGCAAACGGAAGGCUGCCCGGGGCUAAUGGAGCUGGUACCGGAAAGCGAAAGCAUCACAGGGACCCUGUUGGAGCUGCCAACGGAAACAUUCCCGUCCACUUCUCGGACUUUGACGCCAUGCAGACCAGUACUCCGAAGAAAAAGAUCAAAUGGGGCAAGCGGAAGCAACACUGGCAACAACAAAGACCUGGAGGAGGAGGUGGUGGUGGCGCUAAUGGUUCUUCUGGUCAACAUCAUCACCCAUCACAGCAGAUGUUCCGCAGUGGGGAACAGUUUCCUAGUCAGAGCAAUGAGUUUUUUGGUGGCCCCAUCAACCAUAGUGGCUCGAAACGUAACCGAACCAGUCGGCGACCGAUUUGGAGAAGUACAAUCUACACCGCUUGAACGGUUGAUUACUGUGUUGAGGAUCACACACGCAACCCAAAUUUGGAUGUGAUGUAUACUGCUUACUCGAAUAUUCGUUGAAGUUGUACUAGAAACCAAACUGGAAAAAAAGUGUUUUGUAAGAUAUUUCCCAAACGUAUAGUUCUGCUCGUUUCUCGACAUCCAUGACUGAUGUAAAUUUUAUUUCUGUUUCGCUUCUAUAGUUGUGAAUCAUGUUCUUAGAAUAAGUUCGUUUUAACAAAAUAUGUAUAAACCAUUAGUUGUUGAUAAACUUCUAUAAAUAAUUCAAACGUACUACUUUUACUUCUAAGGCGGAAGGAAAUUAUCUCUGUUUAGGCUACUGCCAUUCCAAGUAUACACAGGAAAAGUAAAUUAACGAUAAAAGCAGCUAGCAGAAUUGUGGUAAAACUGUUGUUUAUUUAGUUGGAGGCUGUUCAAUGCCAAAUAAUGCAAUACGUUGUUUGCCCAAAUUGCACAAAACUAAGCUCAUAGAAGCAUCUAUUUUGACCAAGAGGCAAAACACAAACAAUCUAACGUAGGUUCGGCAUUGUUGUAUAUCAGAAACAUACAUUUGCAAAGUAUCGAUACAGUAAUCAUCGUAUUUAUUACAGCAAAAAAGAAACACCAUUUUAAGGAUAGUUCAAUCGAUAGUCAUCCGUUAGUGGAAAUGAUGGUAAGCUAGGUAAUAUAAUCAGCAUUUUUGUGUAGAGUUGCGUUAGCGAAGUAUUUGUUUUGAAGCUUGAUAAAACCAUGAAGCCUAUGUAGAAUAGAUAACCUCUCACAAGGCAAGCCAACCUCACGUUUAAUCUGAUAGACGGAUAGUAGCGAGUGCGCAACAGAUAUAUUAUCAGAACUGGGGAGAGAAGGGCGCUCAGUGACAGCUUAGAAGGGAUAAGUGACAUCAGCUUUGUUACAUUCUUAAAAAACAUAUAACCAGUCAUCGGAAGCUGCUAUAAUGUAAACAAAUAAAAUUGUAGAACACGUG